AUGCUGGCUGAAGCUGGUAAGAGUGUGUCAUUAUCCACAGUGAAACGAGUACUGUACCGACAUUGGCUGAAAGGCCACUCUGCCAGGAAGAAGCCAUUACUCCAAAAGAAACAUAAAAAAGCCAGAUUACAGUUUGCAAAUGCACACAGGGACAAAGAUAAUGACCAUCGUUACGUUUGGAGGAAAACGCCUGAGAACACCAUCCCAACUGUGAAAUACGGGGGUGGCAGCAUCAUAUUGUGGGGUUGUUUUGCUGCAGGAGGUACUGGUGCACUUCACAAAAUAGAUGGCAUCAUGAGGAAAGAACAUUAUGUGGAAAUACUGAAGCAACAUCUCAAGACAUCAACUGGAGAUGUGAUUUUAGGUGGACUAUUUACAGUCAAUUUCAUUUCAACUGAUCCUGACCUGUCUUUUACCUCAGAGCCACAAAAGCCUGACUGCUAUGGUUUUGAUAUCAUAGGAUUCAGACUGGCUCAGACCAUGGCAUUCACCAUUGAUGAAAUCAACAGAAAUUCCAACUUGCUGCCUAAUGUGACUCUGGGAUACAGUCUGUAUGAUAACUGCGAUCAACUAGGAAUUGGAUUUCGUGCAGCACUGACCUUAGUUAGUGGUCAAGAAGAGCAAGUUACAUUAGAGGAGAACUGUGUAGGAACUCCUCCAGUUCUAGGGAUUGUGGGAGAUUCUUCUUCUGCACGUUCUAUUGCCAUAUCCACAGUCUUAGGUUUGUACAGCGUGCCUCUGGUGAGUUAUUAUGCCACAUGUUCCUGCCUGAGUGACCGAGAGAAGUUCCCAUCUUUCUUUAGGACGAUCCCAAGUGAUGCUUUUCAGGUGAAUGCUAUGAUUCAGAUUCUAAAACACUUUGGUUGGACUUGGGCAGGUCUGCUCAUCAAGGAUAGUGAUUAUGGAUUCCACGCUGCCCGAUCCUUUCACUCUGAUCUGGGUCCUGCUGGUGGAGGUUGUCUGGCUUACACAGAGAUUUUGCCCCGGGGUGAUGACCCUGCUGAACUAAGGAGAAUAGUGGAUGUGAUGAGGAAAUCUACAGCUCGGGUGGUGAUUGUGUUUGCAAAUAAUUUUCUCAUGAUUAACCUCAUGAAAGAGGUGGUGAGGCAGAAUGUGACAGGCCUGCAGUGGAUUGCCAGUGAAGGCUGGACAUCAGCUGCUGUGCUCCAGACUCCUCACCUCAUGCCGUACCUGGGUGGAACAUUGGGCAUCGCCAUCCGUCGAGGAGAAAUACCAGGACUCAGGGACUUCCUGUUAAAAAUACGUCCUGAUCUACAUCAUAACAACACUGAUGGAAACAGCAUGUGCAGUGAGAGUUGUCCACCAGGUACCCGCAUGGCCAGAAAGAAGGGGGAACCUGAGUGUUGUUUUGACUGUGUUCCUUGUUCUGAGGGAAAGAUCAGCAAUACAACUGACUCCAUGGAGUGCACCAGUUGUCCAGAAGACUUCUGGUCCAGCCCCCAGCGUGACCACUGUGUUCCUAAGAAAACAGACUUCCUCUCCUACCAUGAGCCUCUGGGUAUCUGCUUGACAACCACCUCACUGUUGGGCACAUGUAUCUGUGUUGUUGUUCUGGGCAUCUUCAUCAAUCAUCGCAGCACACCUAUAGUUCGUGCCAACAAUUCAGAACUCAGUUUUCUUCUCUUGGUGUCUCUUAAGUUCUGUUUCCUCUGCUCUUUGCUCUUCAUUGGGCGACCCAGAUUAUGGACUUGCCAACUAAGACAUGCAGCAUUUGGCAUCAGCUUUGUGCUUUGUGUCUCAUGUAUCCUGGUGAAAACCAUGGUGGUUCUGGCUGUGUUCAGGGCCUCCAAACCAGGAGGUGAGUCCAGUCUCAAAUGGUUUGGUGCUAUGCAGCAGAGAGGGACAGUUCUGGUUCUGACUACCAUUCAAGCAGCAAUCUGCACUGCCUGGCUUGUCUCUGCUUCACCAGUGCCUCAUAAAAACACCCAGUAUCACAAUGACAAGAUAGUUUAUGAGUGUGUAGUUGGGUCCACAGUUGGUUUUGCAGUUUUACUUGGUUAUAUUGGUUUACUGGCCAUCCUCAGUUGUUUGUUAGCUUUUCUAGCAAGGAAUCUUCCAGACAGUUUCAAUGAGGCCAAACUCAUCACUUUUAGCAUGUUGAUCUUCUGUGCAGUAUGGGUGGCCUUUGUCCCUUCUUACAUCAGCUCACCAGGCAAAUAUGCAGAUGCAGUGGAGGUAUUUGCCAUCCUGGCCUCCAGUUUUGGCCUCUUGGUGGCACUGUUUGGACCCAAAUGUUACAUCAUCUUGUUUAGACCAGAGAGAAACUCAAAGAAAGCCAUCAUGGGUCGAGGUAAUUAG